GGAGGAGGCGCAGGAGAGCGGGGAUCGGCUCCCCCCACCAGCCGGAGCCCGAGCCAGGCUCCUGGUCCGUGGCAGCCGGUUCGAGGGGAGCCGCCGCGCCCAGAGGAGCCCGGGAGUCGGAUGCACUUGAGGGGACGCGGGGGGGCCAGGCAGCAAACACGACCCCCGCCCCCUUCCGCGGGACCAAGCGGAAAGUCUCGCCCCGCUUUGCACCGGCGCCAUGGAGCUGUCCACACUGCCCGGUGCUGGAGCCGACUCCGAAUUCUUCUUCAACAGCAGCCGCCUGCGCGACUCGCCCUGGGGUCCCUUCCCCAACGAGAGCUUCAACCACACGGGGCCGCCCGGGGCCAAGGACCCCACCUCCAUCAUCAUCGCCAUCGCCAUCACCGCCCUCUACUCCGUGGUGUGCGUGGUGGGGCUGCUGGGGAACAUCCUGGUCAUGUACGGCAUCGUCAGAUACACCAAGAUGAAAACGGCCACCAACAUUUACAUCUUCAACCUGGCCCUCGCAGACGCCCUGGCGACGAGCACGCUGCCCUUCCAGAGUGCCAAAUACCUGAUGGAGACCUGGCCCUUCGGGGAGCUGCUCUGCAAGGUGGUCCUUUCCAUCGACUACUACAACAUGUUCACCAGCAUCUUCACACUGACCAUGAUGAGUGUGGAUCGCUACAUUGCCGUCUGCCACCCGGUCAAGGCCCUGGACUUCCGCACCCCAGCCAAAGCCAAGAUCAUCAACGUCUGCAUCUGGGUCCUCUCCUCUGUGAUUGGCGUGCCCAUCAUGGUCAUGGCUGUGACCAAGUCAAAAGAUGGGACCGUGCUCUGCAUGCUCCAGUUCCCCGACCCCGCCAUGUACUGGGACACGGUGACCAAGAUCUGCGUGUUCAUCUUCGCCUUCCUGGUGCCCAUCCUGGUCAUCACCAUCUGCUACGGGCUCAUGAUUCUCCGCCUCAAGAGCGUCCGCCUCCUCUCGGGCUCCAAGGAGAAGGACCGCAAUCUGCGUCGCAUCACCCGCAUGGUGCUGGUCGUGGUAGCGGCUUUCAUCAUCUGCUGGACGCCCAUCCACAUCUUCGUCAUCGUCUGGACGCUGGUGGACAUAGACAAGAAGAACCCCUAUGUGGUGGCCAGCUUACACUUCUGCAUCGCCCUGGGUUACACCAACAGCAGCCUCAACCCUGUCCUCUACGCCUUCCUGGACGAGAACUUCAAGAGGUGUUUCCGUGAGUUCUGCCUGCCCUUCCGGUCCCAGAUGGAGCAGAACAGCUUCUCCCGAGCGAGGACCACCACCCGGGAGCGCGUCUCCACCUGCACCCCUUCCGAAGCCCUCAACAAGCCGGCAUGACUAGGCAUGGACAGCCACCGGCGGGGUUCCCGUAGCCGCAGAGGGGAGGAACUGCUCUCGGAGGUGACUCAGGUCACCACCACGGAAUUCUAGUGGAGGUGACUGGAGGCGAGCGGGCAGGGGUGGGGGGCUCAUCAAGGACUCUUUCAAAAAAAUAUAUUUGCAAAUGCUUGAUUUUCCAUGAAGACACCCGGGGGAUGGGGAAUUGGGCAGAGGAGUCACAAAGCAACAGAUUCCUGGCUGAACAUUUCUAAGAACUGCAGAAAAAACAAACUGCGGCAUCGGAUGGGGAAUGAGGAGGAACCACAGGCUACAAACACGUCAUCAGACGACCACCAAACCUGCACCACAAGGCAGCCUGGAGACGGACGGCUCUGGAGCCCCGCCCCGCCAUCACCAUGGCACCCCCACCCCGCCAUCAGGAAGGGCAAGAUGGGGGAACCUGCCGCUGCUUUCAUGGGGGUGGGGCCGCUUCUUUAGCUCUCAGCUGAUGUAAAAGCCCAGGCGCCCUUCGAACCCCGGUCGGCACGAUGCAAACUGCAAAGCUGCAACCCUGUGAAGUCUUGUGCUGUUGAAGCGUUGGGUUUGGUUCCCCUGACACCAGCAGGUGGCGACGGUGGAGAGACACCUCAGCCAGCUGUGAGCAAGUCGCGCAUCAUGCUCUGGGACCCAGGCCAGGGAGAACUGGGGUUCUCCAACAGCCCAAGGACUCUGGGGAGGAGCCCUGCGCUUUUUUUGUGCCCGUUCUGACCUUGUACAUGGCAGACAGCAGCGCAUCCUGCUGGCCCU